AUGGUCUUUGCGCACCAUAGCUGGGCCCCGUGGACAGGUGGUAUGAUCAGCACAGAACAGCCAGAAAACAACAGAAAAGAAUAUGAUGUAUGCCAAUUCAACAUUCUGGGCACAGAUGGAUGUAUGGCUUUACAUAUGAGCCAUACAGAUCUCGACUCCUUGCUGGACCACUUAUCUCUUCUGCAUGGAGACAUUAAACACGAAGACGAAACACACUGGGUUCCUGUCAAGCCGGCCCAAUGCGAAGCAGGUGAAGGAGAAGGGGAAAAGCAAGACAAAUCAAUUCAAAUGAAGCAACACAAGAAAGGGCACGCCCGAAUCCAACGGUCUAGCACACUUGCCUUGGUAGCUCUGGCCCAAGGUCAUUUGCAUGCGGCAGCAAGAAUUGUAGGGACUAGGCCUUUUCCAAUAGUCGGCGACUUAGCAGAGUUCAAUCACGAAACAGGAAUCAUCAGCCCAGCGUUGGUCGCAGGAUCUUUCGUGCAUGUCUUACCACGCUUGCGUUCACGAGAACUGGAACCGAGCAACGCGGUGACAGCAGCGUGCGCCUGUGCUCACCUCAUUGUGAGUGCUUUGAAUGGCCUAAUUGGUAAUGCUGAAUCUAGGCAUGUUCGCAGAGAAACAGAGGCAACCCGCGCCAUAGGUGCGCCCGAGGAGCGCUCAAUACCGGCGUUCACGUCAAGAGGCAAACAAGUGUAUCGUGAAGCUGGGAUGGUUCAGGGGCUGCUAUACAGCGGUAUUAUCGAAUAUCUGAUUAUGAAUCGCGAUCACAUUACAGAACUGCAGGAAUCAUUGACAGAGGCUGGGACUACUUUUGCAUCCUUGCUUGCCACGCUACCCGCCGCUUUUCACGCUCCCCCGGCGCUAGCUAUUCUUGGACCGUUGACGGAGACUCUCAUACGGCCUUUCAUAAAAAAACUGGUUGAAAGCGUAAUUCCGAAAUCCUACGAAGGGGGUUUUUACAAGGCGACAUUAUCGGCGGCUGAGACAACUUUGGAGCUUCCCGACGUCCCGUCGGAUGCUUCAGAAGAGUUUGCGAGGGGUAUCAAUUUAGCCAUGUCUAUGGCUGUAAAUGGCUAUGGAGCCUACAAAACAAUGAUUGAAAAAUACAGGGAAACCUGCAAGAUAAGUCUCGUACGCGAGGCAUUUAUUGCGAUGCGCUCUUACAUUCAUUAA